AUUCCCAUGAACCAACUCGAGUUACCACCAUCAAUUGCUUCAACCAUAAGCUAAGUUGAAUCUACAGCCCAAAAACAAUUCAAAUAACUUUUCUAUGCAACCUCCAGGUUCACCACAAUAAAAACCACAAUUCCACAUCACACCCCGUUCAAUCAUAUCCUAAUGAUGUAUUCCACAAGCAAGUCUUUCCGGAAAGAAACAAGCAUUACCAACACCAAAUGCAGUGAGAUAUCCCAUUUCAGCCACCCAAAACACAAGCUCAGGUUUGAAUACUCAGAAUUCCCUUUCAAAUGUGAUGGUUGCAAGGAAGUUGGCAUAGGCUCACGCUACAAGUGCUCCUCCAUUUGUGACUAUGAUCUUCACAUGCAUUGUGCCAUUCCUUCCCCUUCUCUGUACCACCCUUUCUACCCGAAAUGCUCCUUCCAGUUUCUCUCCAAGCCACCAGGUAACAUCCCUCGUUACUGCAAUGCAUGUGAGAAGGGUGUGACAGGCUUCGUAUAUCACUGCAUGACAUGCGGUUUUGACCUUCACCCUUGUUGUGCAAAGCUUCCAAUGGUGCUUGAUGACGGUGAGAUCAAGCUUUACCUCUACAGGAAAGUGAGUUCACCGUGUCAUCGUUGUGGACAGAAGGGGCGUAGCUGGAGUUACAGGUCAUCAUGCAAGAAGUGCAAUCUGCAUGUGGCGUGUGUGAGGGAGAUGAUUGUGGAGAGUUGGCACCAGAUUUACAUUGGAAGGAGCAAGAGCAAUAAUGGAAUGAAAAUGGUGGAGAAUGGGAUUCCAAGCCUCAAAAAUACACUGCAGGCAAGUCAUAACAGCAGGAUCAAAGGGAAGGUGAGGAAAUGCUGUGAGAUAGCUGGAAUGGCUGUGCAGGUUGUGGUGUCUGCUGUGUUGGGAGAUCCAACGGCUCUGAUUGCUGGGAUUAUGGGGUCAGUGAUGUCACGGGCUUGAUCUGGAACAUGAUGAAUGGUGACUAAUUUGAAUAACUCUUCAAUAAGGGUGCAGCAUUUUAUAGAUAGGCACAAUCAAUUAAAACUAAAGAUAGUUAAUAUAAUAAAAUAACUUUUUAUUAUUGUUUUAAUAUACAUUUCGUUUUCAAGUGAUUGUGUAUGUCUACUCAUACAAGAAUUGCUCUGGUGAUUGCCUCAGUUUGUGUAUCAUAUUAGUUUGUAGAAGAUGUGUGUCGGAAAAUUGGGUAUGUAUAGUGGAAGGAAUGUGACUCUGUUUUUUCUAAUCCUGUGUAUUGUUCAACUAUCUGUUAUGAAUAUAUUCACAUGAAAGUUUUGGCUGUGAAACUUUUUUGCAAUAUGUAGUUUAAAAUUUUCUGAUAAAUGUUAGGCAUUAUUUGUUACAGAUGAUUUACUGUUAGCUGGGUUGUUAGUUGGUUAAGCUGAGUUGGUUAGUUUGUUAAGCUGAGUUGGUUAGUUUGUUAGACGGUUGAGGUUAGUAUAAAGGGUGUUAACUAAUCAAUUGUAAUCAUGUUGAAUAGUGAAUAAACUUUCUCUCCUUCUCUCUGGUUUCUUUC